CUCUCUUUUAUUGAAUCGUCAUCAGACCACCAUGCGCGUUCUCGCUCUCCUCACUCUCCUCGCCAUCCCCGCCCUUGCGCAGGUCUCCUCCGAGUCCUCCGCCACCGCCAGCACCGCCACGGACGCGCCCGACGCCGCCUCGACCGACAGCUCCCCCGCCGUCGGCCCCGGCGGCAACUCGCUUCAGACCGCCGUCCCUUCGCCCAUGACCGAGCGGCCCUCGACCGAAGCCGGCCCCACCCGCGCGCCCGAGUGGACGCCCUCGCCCGGCGCCAGCAGCGCCGUCGCCCCCGUCGCGUCCAACCCCGCCGCGUCAGUGCCCGUCGCCUCCGUCCCUGCCGCGUCCGUCAGCGGCGCCGCCAGCUCCGGCAUGUCGGGCAUGGUGAGCUCGUCGCGCCCCGUCUCGAGCGCCGCCGGCGCGUCUAAUGCUACGACGCCUACGCCCACCUCCGCCGGUGCCGCGGGCCGCGCCCAGGUCGGCAUUGUGGUCGUCGCUGGUGCUGCCGCUGCCAUGCUUCUGUAAAUGGCGUUUCCCCGUUGGCAUUGGACCUUUCUUUUAGCUUCCUUUCGCAUUCCCACGCGCACCGCCGCAGUUCAUGUAGCAGGAUGGAUUUAGAUUGGCGAAGGGG